UAGCUCACAUACAGGCAGGACGCCCUCGUGUCGUUCGCAUCGCGUCGCUGCCGGUCACGUUACCCGGUGCGAAUCAGGCGCGCCGUGGCCUCCUAUUGUCGUCAACGGUGAUGUGGAGGCGCUAGAGCGCGAGGACCCGCCAGUCCUCAGUUAGCGCAGCGCGGUAACGGGGGGAUCACCGGCGAAUCACACCCCCUGAAAAGGCAGCGUAAAGAUGCGUAGACUGUCUUGAAUUCACCUCAGCCGUCUGAACUGGUGCUCAUGAGCCUGCUGGGCGGCUACAAGAAAAAGCCCGGUUACGAUGGCUACGAAUCUUUGCAGCUGGUCGAUAGCGGCAGAGACUUCAGCAGCGGGGGAGGAAGAGGAGGCAGAGGAGGAGGAGGUGGUGCAGGAGGCCUAACAGCGACGGGUUUCGGUGCCAAAACACGACCGGACGAUUUCAGCACCAUGGACAGUUCAGGCCCUCCAUCUCCAGAUAUGGAUGGGAACUAUGGGGGUGGACUGUUGGACAUGGUUAAAGGAGGCGCUGGAAAGUUCUUCAGCAACUUCAAAGACAACCUGAAGGACACAAUCAAAGACACAUCAACCAAGGUUAUGCAUCAAGUGGCCACCUAUACAAAAGGUGAGCUGGACAUUGCCUACAUCACAUCACGUAUCAUAGUGAUGUCAUAUCCUGCUGAGGCGGUGGAGCUGGGCUAUAGGAAUCAUGUGGAGGACAUCCGCUCUUUCCUGGACUCGCGUCAUGCCGACCACUACACUGUUUUCAACUUAUCCCAGAGGAACUAUCGUGGAGCCAAGUUCUCCAACAGGGUAUCUGAAUGCAACUGGCCAUCCAAACAAGCCCCCAGCCUUCACAACCUGUUUGCUGUGUGCAAGAACAUGCACAACUGGCUCAAGCAGAACCCUAAGAACGUGUGUGUGAUCACUUGCUCGGAUGGCAGAGGUCCAUCAGGCGUGCUGGUGUGUGCCAUGUUCUGCUUCUGCCACCUCUUCGCCAACCCCGUGCCUGCCAUGCAGCUACUCAGCGCCAAGAGACCAGGCUCCGGCCUGUGGCCUUCACACAGGAGGUAUGUAGGUUACGUGUGCAGCAUGGUGUCAGAGAAACCCACAGUGCCCCACUCCAAACCUCUGGUCAUCAAAGCUGUUACCAUGAGCCCCAUCCCAUGUUUCAACAAACAGCGCAGUGGCUGUCGACCAUUUUGUGAUGUACUGAUAGGCGAGACCAAAAUCUUCUCCACAGCGCAGGAGUACGAGAGGAUGAGAGAGUACAGAGUGCAGGAGGGGAAGGUGCUGUUUUCUCUGGGAGUGAGCGUCCAAGGAGAUGUAGUGAUCUCAGUCUAUCACAUGCGCUCCCAUGCACUUCAGGCCAAGGUGACAAACACGCAGAUAUUCCAGAUUCAGUUUCAUACAGGCUUUAUCACUCCCGGCACCACAGUCUUAAAGUUUAUGAAGUCAGACUUGGAUGCGUGUGAUUCUCCAGAGAAGUAUCCUCAGCUGUUCCAUGUGCUGCUGGACAUUGAGGUGGAGAACACAGAAAAGCAGAAGGAUCUGACCCCACCAUGGGAACAGUUCCCCACCAAAGACCUGAGCCCGAAUGUGCUCUUCUCCUGCCAUCAGGAACACAAGGAUGCACUUGCGAUCGCAGAUCCUUCCCAGCCACAUGGGGGCCCUGGGGGCCGUCUGGGGCCGAAUGAAGAGAGCGAGCCCUCAGAUGACGAGAUGUUGUCCCUCUCCAGCCAGCAGAGCAAUGCUAGCAAUGAGAAAGCCAAAGCAGCAAAGAAAGCAGAGGCUCAGGCUGCACCUGCCCCGCCACCUGCUGAGGACGUGGACCUGCUGGGUCUGGAUGGAGCUGAGGUUCAGGCUCCUCCAACUUCUCCACAGCCCCCGACCACUACGACCACCACUGACCUGCUGGGAGAUCUGUUUGGAGCUCCGCCUCCACAACCUGUGAGUGGCCCUGGCUCUGCUCAGUCCACACCCAGAAGAUCUGCCCCCUCUACAUCACCCUGCUCAUCACCUCGAGCUGGAGACACUUUUGACCCGUUUGGGUCAGCUACAGGCACUGCACCCGCCCCAAAGCCUCAAGACUUCAUGGGGGCAUUCCUGGGUCCAGGUAAUGUGGGGCAGCCGGACCCCUUCCUGCAUGCCGCACGGUCUCCGUCUCCCACUAUGCAGAACAUGGGCAUGGGACGCAGCUCACCCGGGCCUCCAACUACACCCACAGUAAACAUUCAGCAACAAAACACUAUGGGUGGAUGGGACUGGAACAGACCAGCUCCCCCAGCAGGUGGAGGUUUCAGUGUGGGCAGCAAGUCAGCUGGUACAAGUCCCACUGGCUCUGUUCACAGUACUCCUACCCACCAGCCCAAACCAAAUACUCUGGACCCGUUUGCUGACUUGGGCAACUUAGGAGCCAGUCUUGGAGGUGGCUCAGGAUUCUCCAGUAAACCCACCACUCCCACAGGCACAGGAGGAGGCUUUCCCCCAAUGGGCUCUCCCCAGAGGCCAGCUCCCUCUCCCCAGCAUACCACCACUACUGGCGGCUGGCAGCCCAGCACAGGCUUCCCAUCUUGGCAGCCUGGCGCAGGGGGCGGGUGGCAGCCCCAGGCCCAAUCCAAACCACCAGGACCCUCCAUGCCCCACAGCUCUCCACAGAACAGACCCAACUACAAUGUUAGCUUCUCCAGCAUGAGUGGAGCUUCACCAGGAGGAGCAGGGGGCAAAGCACAACCUAACAUGGGAGCCAAGCCGAAGGCCACAGAUGCUAACUUUGAUGACCUGCUGUCUGGACAAGGCUUCACAGGCAGUAAGGAAAAGAAAGGCCCAAAGACAAUAGCAGAGAUGAGAAAAGAAGAGAUGGCAAAAGAGAUGGACCCAGAGAAACUCAAGAUCCUGGACUGGAUUGAGGGGAAAGAGCGGAAUAUCCGUGCGCUGCUCUCCACCAUGCACACAGUGCUGUGGGAGGGAGAAACCCGCUGGAAGCCAGUGGGCAUGGCUGACCUGGUCACUCCUGAACAAGUGAAGAAGGUCUACAGGAAGGCUGUGCUGGUUGUCCAUCCAGACAAGGCCACUGGAGAGCCCUAUGAACAAUAUGCCAAGAUGAUUUUUAUGGAACUAAACGAUGCCUGGUCGGAAUUUGAAAGCCAAGGACAGAAAGCUCUGUACUGAGACUCAUUACAAAGAGUAACAUUAGAAAGCUCCUUCCAACAGCUGUACAACCAGUCAGCAUGUGAUACCCAACACCAUCCUCCGAACACAUUCCUGCUCUCCUCCCCAUCUCAGAUCCUGCUCCAUUUACUGUAGACACUGCAGUCUUCAUCUGUACAGCGUACCUGAGUGUCAGACUAAUGACUCUGUAACUGGUGAAUAUGUGAUAAAACAGCUGUUUUCAGUAAGCCACUAUCAAAAAAGGCACCAAGCUUUUUUGGGGGCAUGCUUACAGAAAGGUAUAGCUGACAUAUCUAUUUUUAAAAUGAUCAAAAACAGUAUUUCCUCUCCCUUUUUGUAGCUAGUUCAGUUGCAUUGUGAUGCAGGCAUCCAGCUAAGGAUGCGCAGUUUUCCUUUGUUUUUGGUACCUGAACAACUGCAAAAUAGAAGCGGCUUUCGUGUUGCAGAUAGUGGUGUUAGCUGAAGCUGUGAAUCAGUAUGCAGGUCUGAGAUGAAACUGAAGUGUAGCCUUACUGAUAAUCAGCAGGAGCCUUUCCAGGAUUGGAGAGCAAAUGUUAAUUUAGCAUCAUUGUCAACACCUAUGAAAAAAAAAGACAACAGAAAAAGCCCAGUGAAGCCGAAAAGCACUCUAACGCAGUGCUGUAGGGUAUGAUGAGUGCUUUGGACUUUGUAUAAUAUUUAGCGCUGAGGACAAAAAGCACAGUAAGAAUGAAAGUGAAGCGUUCAUGCAUUUUGAAAAUAUUGCUUUCACGUUACAUGCUCUUUGGUGUUAAGAAAGCUGCCUGUCUCCCUAUUUUUGGCAAAGCAUUUAACUGAAUCUGUGAAAUAGACGCUAGCAGUCGAGUUUUCUCCCGGUUUCUACUGACUACUGUACUCAUGUACUGUAUGUGUGUAUGGAAUGUGCUAUUUAAUAAUACUCUGUUUACAAAAUUAGAAUCUUAAGAGAAAUGGUUUCUCCGUAUCAUAGGAACUACUGAACAAUAAAAAAGGAUAAGCUACUGCUAAUAUAUACGUGACUGAGUGACUCUGACAGGCUCAGUUGAGUUAUAAAAGCUUCCAUAGUCUGCUGUACACUAAAUUAACUGUGGCAUUUUUGUUACAAUAUUGCCCUUUUUUAAAAAAAUACAGUGCAUAUUUAGCAAAAUCAAACUGAUCUUGAUGGGUUAGGGGAUGUUACUUGAACAAAAAAUGAUUUUGGCAAUAUUGAAAUCGACCUGCAUCCUGACUACCAAUUUACCAAUUCUAUUUAAUCUUUUUCCCCCCAUUUUUAUGCUUUACAUCCUGAUUUUUUUCUCCAUUAAUAGUCCAUAUUUGGAAUUCUAGCUGAUAUCCAGACUGAGACAGUAUAAAAUUAUCACAAUGUGGCAGCCUUGUAAAUAUAACUUUGUUCCAGUUGGUUGGCCUGGGUAUAGAAGGAAUAAAACACUGGUCUAUAUGGACAGUAGAGGGACAUAUAAUUCACUAGAACAUGUACGACUGAAUUCAUUUAGAUAGACUAUUAUCUCAAAACGUUUGUCUACAAUGUUUAUGCAAUAUUUCUUAAAAUGGAUAAUAUCUAAUAUAAAAUAGGUUCUGUGAUAUCUUCCAAUAUAGUAUUUAAGUAAAUAUGUCUCUUAAAUUGCGAUAUUGAUGUAGCAGGAUAUUGUCACACCCCUAAUAUUCACUGAUUUGACAAAUAAUCUAAUAGAAUAAAAAAAGUUACAGUGUCCCUUUAGGAAGUAUAAAAACAUUGUGACUUUAAAAAAGAGAUUUUAAAGUUUUGGUGUUUAUAUUUUAGGAAAUUAUAAAUACAUUCCAAUGAAAAGGUAAUAAUCUUUGCUGUGCACAACUGGACAGCACUGGACUGCAUUGCAUUGAACUGUUUGUGUGUGUGUGUGUGUGUGUGUGUGUGUGUGUGUGUGUGUGUGUGUGUGUAUACAGGCCUGUGCAAAAGUCAGAGACCACUUAUUUAAUUUCAACUCAAAAGAGCCAUUAUUUCUUUGUUAGUUUAUAUAUAUAAACAUAUUUUAUCCAGUACUUACUGUGUCCAUCCUUCACAUUUAUUACAGCUUUUAUUCUUUUCAGGAGACUCACUUUCAGUUUUUUUGCAGGGAUAUUUUUCCACACCUCCAAAGUUUAGUCUUAGAAGUUGGUUGAACUUGUGUCUCACAAUCCACAUAAUCUCAAGCGCAUUCAAUUAUGUUGAGCUCUGGACGCUGGAAUGGUCAGUUCUGAGAACACCAGCAGCUACUUUAUCUCAUUAGCAAAUUGUCUUUUUUGUCUAUUUCCUUUUCUCAGCUUCUUGACAGCUACACAUCCUUUCUGACUUCUAGCGUUGAGUUGUCUUCACACUUUAUGAGGAUGGACAGAAACACCUGUAGAUUUUUAUCAGAUCUGAAGCAAAAGUGGAACUUGAUUUUCUCCUCUCUCUUAAAGAUGAAGGCUUUAAGCACUGUUUGUCUAGUGGUGACAGUUUUGGUGGUCUAUCAGGUCUUGCAUGGUUGUUAGGAAUACAUUUUGUUCCUUAUAUUUGAACCUUUAUGCAUAGCAGUUUUGGAAACUCAAAUUUUUUCUCUUAUUUCUUCUGACUUCCCUCUUCCUUAUGCAAGAUGAUUAUAUCUAAUCUCCUGAGACAUGUCUCCUGAAAAACUAGCAACUUAAUAGCUUAAUUAAAUAAAUGAAGGGUGGUCUCUGACUUCUGCACAGUACUGUAUGCUUGUGUGUAUGCUUGUGUGUGUGUGUGUGUGUGUGUGUGUGUGUGUGUGUCCACAUUACUGUAGGCUUUGCCUCUUUUGUCAGGGAAUGUGACAGACUGAUGUUGAAUAAUGUUAAAACUACAUUACUUUUUUUUGCCAUAGGUGUCUUCUAAUUUAAUAUCACAUAUCAUUUAGUGCAGGUCUGCAUAUCGUCAUCUUCACUGACAGACAGUGUGUCAAACCUCAUAAAAAUAAAAAAACCUGACCUCCAAAACAUUCUGGUUGCUUCGUGUGGAGUGUGUAGGACUGUAAGUGGUACAUAGGCCAGAGAAAUGACUCUGUGUUGUACAGCCACAAAUCUUAUCUGCCCUUUCUCUCUCAGUAUAUUUGCACUUGAAUGACUCUAUAGACAUACAGUUAACAGUAGAUAUGUGCUUUAACUUACAGUACCUACGUGCCCAUUGCAGUUCAACCUUUUUUUUCAGUUAUAUCAUAGUACACCAGUGGAAAAACAGCCUGCUGUUGACAUUUUUGGCUUAAUCCACCAGUUCUCUUCCAAAUAUUUAGCCCAUUUGUCUCUGUCUACAUGCCUCAGUGCUAAGGUCUUCAACAGACAAGUUUGCUUAGUUUUAAUUACUGAGGGACCAACUACUGGAAAUUGGAAGGGACCCCUCCAUUCGGAUUGUGCGUCCCCCAUCCCCCUUUUGUGGACUGAACUCUCUUUGAUCUUAAGGAUGUCAUAUUGUUCCGAAGCUAACCUCUGUGUACAGUAGUGAAUGUGUGGUGUUAUAAUAAUCCUGUCCUCUGUGAGAAAGUGGUUUGGAUACAGCUCUAUGUUUGCCUGUCUGCUGUAUCAGUAUUACUGAAAAUGUGAACUUUAUUUUCCUUGUCCUCUCUUUCUGUCCCCCCCUCAAUCUAAAGCUGUACUUAACGUGCGCUGCACAAAUAAAUGGGCAAGAGAAAACCUGAUCAGUCAAA